AUGCCUCUCCCCGAUGAAUCCUCAAGACCGUCGGCAUCGUCGCUCAUCAAGCGCUUCGAGGCCAUCAGCGCAUCCCAAGACUCAUCCUCGGCGUCUGCGAUGAACCGAUCCGUUUCGGGCGGAGCACCAAAGAGAAUUUGGUCCAACCCGAGUGCAACCACGGCUCCCGCUACGAGCGCGGUGGCGCCUUCCCUUGCGGUCGACACGAGGACUUCUAUUUCUAUCGAUACCUCGAAGCCUUUGCCCGAGCCACCGACGGCAUCCGAUGAAGCGACGCCGAAUGUGGAGCCGGAGCUAGCUUCUACAACACUGCCGGAAGCACGGUUUGCUUCGUCGCCUGGAGCCAAGAACCCACCUUCACCGACAUCCCAAGCACCCGCCGAGUCGACAACCAUCCUCUUCUCCGGCCCUUCUCCGACGACACCCAUGAGAAACUUCCCUCCGCCCAUCAUCACCCAAUCUUCCCUCGAUGUCGACGGCCCACCCGUCGGUGCUGUCCCCGGAUCCGCCAAUGGUCUGCUAGCCUCGUCACCGCCUAACCCCACAAGCUUGACGGAGCUCGUCGCCGGAGGUUCAAAACAUCAUUCAAAAUCGCCAUCAGUCGAUUCGACCUCUUCGAGAGUCUCGCACGAAGGUCUGAGUCAACCUACUUCGCCUCGCGUCGACGAGCAACGCUUGAGUGCUCCCCCUCUUCGUGGGGAGGCUUCCCCACCCCCAUGCGAUUCGGAGGAUUCGCCACAGGAGAAGAAGUUUACUUUUCCGGCUGUCGAGAGUAAAGAACAGGAGGUCGCUGCCGAAUCACCAGCAAUUGAUGGUUCCGCGCCGAUCAAAGAACGCCUCAAGGUCAAGUCCACAUCAUCUUCGACCUCGAAUGCUCGAACCAAGUCGACGUCCCCUCCCAUCCGUCGAACCGUCUCACCCACCGUUCCCACCGUUCCCAUAGUUCCUAAAUCCCGACCUUCGCUCACUUCACCCACCGCGUCUUCCCUCGCCAAAUCCCGUCUCUCAACCGAUAAGUCCCCGCCUUUAUCCCCCAAGAUCUCACCUAGGACAACGAACGCUACUUUACCCAAAACGACCAUGACGGUAGGUGGUGUCGGUGCACCACGAUCAAGUUCGAGUGCUUCUUUAAUCUCGAGGAGCGGUGCCCCUAGCCCAACACCUUCGACGGCUAGUCGAUCGUCGGCUUUGGAAGGCACGACAAGGAGUAGGUCCAGUCGUGCGACUACACCUUCCACACCUAGUCGAUCACCGCCGAUGACGAGGAAAGGAACUGGUUCAGGGACGACGACGACGACGACGACUACUACUUCAUCAACGUUGAAAACGCCAGCGAGGAACACCCCUAGAACACCUUCGGCUUCUACGCCAUUGCGUUCGAGUACGCCGAGCAAGUUCUCGUCGAGAGGUAGUAGUGCGCCGAUUUCAAAGACGUCACCGGAGGGGAAGAAGAUCCCGACGAGGGUUGGGAACGUCAAGAUGGCUUCGAGGGGGAGAAUCGGUCUGGCCGGAGCACCGGCAGGUCCGAAUCCUUCACCCAGGGGAGCGAAGAAGGUGGAACAGAGGACAGAAACGCCAAAAACGACGGUAGAGGAUACACAAACUGAGAAGGAGGACGAGGUCGAGGCGCCUAGGCAUGAAGAUAUUCCUGACAUCCCAAGUGAUGAGGAGGAACGGGUAUUCGAUCCGAUGACUUUGCAAGGUGGUCGGCCUGCGCCGGGGAGGAUUGGGAUCCCCAUGGACGUGGAGACAGGUCGAGCGGUGGGAGAUGAGCAACUCAAGGCUGCGCAGGGGUAG